CCUAAUAAGCCAUCACAAACUAUGACAAGGACUUCUUUAACAUAUUGCAUCCGGUUUAAAAGCACAUUGCAGAAGAUUUAGAAAAAUUGAGGGCAUUUGCAUAAACGGACGGUCUGCACAGUUCCACGCUCCAGUGCAACAUGGAUCUGCCACCCAUCAGAGGUUCAUCUGAUGUACCGUGAGCAUCGGCGUUGGCCUGCAGCCUCACUGCCGCCCAGCGGGGCCCCAGUGGCAUGGACCCCGCACAUUCCUUUAGGAUGGAGCUGGAUGGGCUGGACCCCCAGCAGGUCCCAGUGCUGUCGCUUGAUCAAAUCCGUGCCAUCCGGGCCCACAAUGACUACGUGGAUAGGCCCGUGGCGCUGGAACUCGCUUCUCAAUCUGGAAUUUUCUACGCCCACGAUGAGCGUCACCCGCACGGAAUAUAUUCCCAGCAUCCUCAGCAGCCCCGCCACUCGGUCAUGCCCCGCAGCCAAAGUCAGCAGCAGCAUGCUCACAUGUCCCACUUAAGCCGUUCCAGUACUGUAAGCUCCUCCAUGUCUCGGACCAGCGCCGGCUCAGACCAGAGGCUGCUGGCGGGGUUGACGCAGUCGCACUCCGGCUUGGCCUCGGUGGUUCGCUCUCAACCGAAAAGAGAACUCAAGUCCGACACUUCUCUGAGCAAAAUCCUGGCAGAGGAUGAGCUGGGCAGGCACCAGUUUAUCUGCGAGCGGUGUGCUCGUUGUAAGUGCAAAGAGUGCUGCGCCCCACGCCGCCUACCCUCCUGCUGGGCCUGCGGACAACGCUGCCUUUGCUCAGCCGAGAGCGCCGUGGAGUAUGGCACCUGCCUAUGCUGCGUCAAAGGCCUCUUCUACCACUGCUCGGCCCAGGACGACGAAGACAAUUGCGCCGACCGUCCGUGCUCCUGUGCCCCGGCCCAUGCCUACGCCCGCUGGGGGGCCAUGGGGCUUCUGGCGCUGUGCCUGCCCUGCCUCUGCUGCUACCCCCCUGCCAGGCUGUGCCUUGCCCUGUGCCGAUGUGCCCAUGACAGGGCUACACGUCCCGGCUGCAGGUGCAGCAACACCAACACUGUGUGCCGCAAAAUCUCCGCCGUCUCCAAUCCCAACUCGGGUCAUCCCUCCAUCAGCAGCGGCAAGGCUGUGGAGAAGUCGCUAUGACAGGCUUGGAUGGGGUCGGCGGGGACGUACAGAUGAAAUCCCCGUAGAAAAAAGAAGCCGACUAACUCGUGCUUACCGUUCUUGUAUGACUCCAGCUCAGGAGGGACCAAAGCUUUUACUGUGCCUGUUCGCCUUGGAAACUACAAGCUCAACCUGAAGAAGAAGCUGACUGAACUCUCCUUCCAUCUUCUGCCUAAUCCGGAUGUCUAAUAUGUAUGUAUUUAUUACCAACCCUGCGACCGACCCUUUGCAAUCAAUAAACAGACGGUGGACUGAAUCGCAGCAGACUUAAGAGGAUGUAGAAGCUUUCCGCUAAGGGUUACGGGCGAAGAAACUGUGGACAUUCGCAGCACAUCUGACACCAAAAAGGGACCACACACUGUCAAAUGAAUCUCAAUGCCAUAAGCUCAUUUGUAAAGGAAAAAGCACUAAGAGGUAGAUAGACGGUACUGUGCAGAAGUUGUAGGUCACCAAGGGAAAUCAUGGACUUCCUGAUUCAUUGGGUUUGACAAUCGGACGGGUGUGCCAUUAAGAUUCUGCGGGGGGUUGACGACUCCACGGAUGCCGUAGGGACGUCAAGUUGCACCUUUCUUCCUUGGCACAUGCAGCACACCCUCUGCAAAGUUUCAUUGAAAUAAUUUGUGUUUUUCCCUCGGUAGUGGUGGUCCAAGACCUUUUGCGCAGUACCGUCGCACUGUUUUCUGCUGAACGGCGGAUUAUCCAACCGCAGAUUGGAGCGCGUCCAUCCACGGAGUGUGUGUUUGUGUGUGUGCGUGCGUGUGUUAGUCAGCACAAAGACGAAGGAGCCUCCUGUGGUCUUAUUUUUAGUCUUGCUGCUACAUCUUAGCGCUAGCCUGAUCAGGUUUCCACUUGGAAAUCUCGCCAACCGCCCUCAUAAGACCGCCGCCCAAUCCCCCGUAACUCCCACAUCUUUACUCAAUCCAUUCAUAGGGUUUAUCCUAUAAUAAUUUAGAGCCCCCAAACGGAAACAUGCCAAGGUGCAUUAUUCCGCCUCACAUAAGCCGCCCAUCCCUCCUGACUCUUGCGCCAGGAGGGCUAAAAGCCUCUGUUUCCUGGGUCCAUCGAGAGUUGAUCAAACCCGCAAUUAGCCUCAUGAUCGCUCUUAAUGGGCCGGACGAGAACGGGCUGGAGGAGGAAGGAGUUGCGGUGUUUUGGGCGCACGGAGAGAGGAAGAAGGAGGGAUGAUGGAAGAAAGGGACCGGUCUCGGAUUUCUUAGCCGGAUAUGAGGGCAUCAGAUGAGUGCAUGUACAGCGUGUGUGCGGGUGCAUGUUUUUAAGUGAAUGUGUGUGUUUUCGGAUGCAUGAAAAACACCCGGCGAAACUGAUAUGUUAAAUGUUCCUUUGCUAUAUUUUUAUAUGUAAAUAGGAGCUAACUGCGGCGAUAAAACUAUUUUUUAUUAUGCUUCAUUACACGACAACAGUGUUAGAACGUGCACUUAUUUCAGUCCUCACGUGAUCAAUGCAGGGACUUUUAGGCAACGUUAAAGUCCGUAGAACAGCUGGCGAUACACCCGGCAACCGCUGUGCAGUUUUGACGUUAGAAGUGGGAAAAUCAAGUUUGCGGGAUGACUAAAUGUUGCUCCAAAUGUCUCCGACUUUGAUUGACAUUCAUUUUUGGAUCCACCAUUGAUUCUUUAGUGUUACCGAACACCAUCCAUGUAAAACAUCAACGAAAUAUAUGCAAUUCCAUUGUGAUGCAUUGAGUCCGAAACUGUACGAAGACCUAUUAUGCUAAGCUCCACCUUUGAAUCAUCUACAAAAAUGGCCGACAAGCUGUGACAAAAUGAAAAAAAAAACAUUGGAUAUUUAGGAAUAAUUUUUACGUUUGUCUGGGAAUAUUGUUUCGGUGACACAUUCAACAUUAAAAAUGAGAGAGUAUAUUAUGGCCUUUGUAAAAAGCAAUGAUUCUCAAACUGUGGUAUGCGGGCUCCAUUGAGUGGUACGCCAAAUGAUCAUUUGAUUAAAGUACAGUAUUUUAUCAUCUUAAGUUGAAACAGUGUUACUGUUCAAACUGUGUGUAAUGUUACUGGGGCCAAAUAUAUUAAAUAUAUUUGUUAAAUAAAACAGCUGCCUUGUUUUUAAUGAAUACGAAGGCCUACUGCGCUACUGUAUUUUAAUGUUGGUCAUUAUGGUGGUACUUGGAGAUCUAAGGGUUUUUUCUUGGGGAAAAAAGUUUGAGAACCAUUGGUGUAAAUAAAGUAUCAAUUGUUAUAAGAAAAAAAAGUGCUCUCAAGACAAGAAAGUCCAGAGAAAAAAGUUGUAAUAUUAUGAAAAAAUUUAAUGUGAAUCAAGAUGUAGGAUUAUUAAAAAAAAAGUCGUAAUGUUAUAAGAAUAAUGGUGUAAAGUGUGUGUAUAAUACAUUCAAAAAGUCACACAGUAACAAGAUUAAUGUCGAAAUGUUACUCGAAGAUAUAAUAUUAUGAAAAUACAUUUGCGAGAAUCAAAUCAUCGUGUUACGAGAAUAAAAUUGUAACGUUACGAUAAUAAAAUUUGAGGAAAAAAAGAUGUAAUUAUACGGGUAAUUUAAU